UGAUAUUUACCGGCGGCGCCGCGGCGGUGUAAGUUGGACUACAAAACGAUAAACAAUGCAAAGUUCAAGGAUCGACUUUUAAUACUAUAAAUUAUAAUAUUAAAUAUGCGUCUUUGUUUUUUUUUUAAUUGAGAUCUGUAUCCGUGAAUCUUUAUAGUUUUAUUUUCUAUGCAUAAACAAAUAAAAAUGUAUUUAAUAUUUUUUUACGAAUGAAACGCACUUGGGUAUAGUCCAUAAGCCCCACGUAUCAGCUAUCUCGUCUCAUUAUUCAUUAAUACUAUUAUUAAUUUUAUUGAUUUGCUUACAAUAAACUGGUUAAAAUCCUUCUAGAUUAUUCAUAAAUAGGAAUUUUUAAUUGUUAUUAUAUUAAGUUUACACAAUGGUGUUUGAUAACUUAUAUCUUAAUAAGGACCAUCUCGAUGGGUUUGACAAUUACAAAUAUAAUGCAAUUGAUACAAAUCCAUUGGGUACAUAUAUUAUGCAUCCAUUUUGGAACGCAUUAAUUAAAAUCACUCCAAGAUGGAUUGCACCUAAUUUGCUAACUUUUGUUGGUUUUCUUUUUACUGUUGGAGCUUCACUUCUCCUUGCUUAUUAUGAUUAUGGUUUCUAUGUAUCUGGAAUAAAUUACAAAGAUGAUCCAAUACCAAGAUGGGUUUUUGGUGUUGUGUCUUUGUUUAUUUUCAUAUCAUAUUCUCUUGAUGGUCUUGAUGGUAAACAAGCUAGGCGUACAGGCACAAGUGGCCCACUUGGUGAACUGUUUGAUCACGGUCUGGAUUCCUGGACAACUGUUUUUAUCCCCACUGCACUUUAUUCAAUAUUUGGGCGUGAUGAUCCGAACACUAUUCAACCAUUACGGAUGUAUUAUAUCUGUAUAAUGGUUUUCAUUAAUUUUUAUUUGGCUCAUUGGGAAAAGUAUAACACUGGAGUAUUAUAUUUACCAUGGAGUUAUGAUUUUUCAAUGGUUGGAUUAGUAUUUUUCUUUGGUCUUACUGCUAUUUUUGGUCCUGAAAGAUGGAAAAUGUCUAUAACAGAAAAUUAUUCCUUUGGACAUAUCACUGAAAUAACAUUUUAUUUUACCACAUUUGUUACUAAUAUUCCAGUUUCAAUUUAUAAUAUUUAUGUAAGUUACAGGGACAAAACAGGUAAAAAUUUAAGUAUUCUAGAAGGUAGUCGACCAUUAAUUCCUUUGACUGUCUUUGUGUCUUUAUGUUUGAUAUGGGUAAAAAUGUCACCUACUAAUAUUCUUGAAAGGGAUCCAAGAAUAUUUUUUAUGAUGAGUGGAGCAAUAUUUUCAAAUAUUUGUUGUCGUUUAAUUGUGGCUCAAAUGAGCAAGACUCGCUGUGAAGCACACAAUAAUUUGUUGUCGCUUAUGGUUGUAGCUAUAUUUUUCAGUGUGUUUUUACCUCCCAUUGAAUUAAUUUGUAUGUACAUUAUGGCAUUAAUAAGCAUUGUAACACACAUCUAUUAUGGAGGCUGUGUAGUGAAACAAAUGGCAGAUCAUUUUAAAAUCAUGUGUUUCAAAAUACCAUACAAGAAACAUUAAGUAUAAUAUAUUAUAAAAAUAAUUUUUAUUUUAUUUUAUAUUCUUUUUAUUAACUACUUAAAUCAGCAUUAGCAUUAAUGAAACAGUUGUUACUAAAUGUUAUUCAUUUUUUUAAUCUCAUUACAGAGUAGCCAUACUUAUGAAAUAUUAUUUUUUAUAUUUGUAUAAUUGUUUAUACAUUACUUGUAUACAAGUUAUUAUCAUUAAUAACAUAAUUUAAAAAUUGAUAUAGUACAUUUUAUUUUAAUAAUUAUUGUACUAAUUAAAUUAUUUUUUAUUUUUAUUUAUUGAAAAAUAUUGUAUUCAUCAAAUUUAAGUUUAAAAAAGCUUAAAUAUGACUACUUUCAAGAGUUUGAAUUAAUUUUCCUUUGAAUGCAAUUAAUUCAAAAAUAUUGAACAAAUAGUGAUACUGAAUAAAACAUUGGCAGUUAUUUAAUUAUUUAUUGUUAUAUUAUUUUAAUGUAAACGUUUAAUAUGAAAUAACCUUAAUUGGUACUUUUUUUUUUAAACGGAUUGUAUUCUAUAAUUAGCUAUAGUAUCUAUAUAAUACUAAUUUUAAAUUAUUAAGGUAUCUUAUAAAAUGUCCAAGUUACUACAAUAUAACUUUACUUUUUAGAACAUUUUUUUUAUUUUGUAAUUAAUUAAAUCAUUUGACUUUAUUAUAAUAGAACUUAGACAAUAAGUUAAUUAAUAUCAUGAAUGACUUGACUACUGUUUGAGUUUGUAUUUUUAUUGUUUUUUUUUUUUUUUAAACUUGUGUGUGAUAAAAAAGAUCAAUUAGUAAAUUUAUGACUACAUA